AAAAUGGAAUAAAAGUGGAGAAUGUUCUCCGGAGUUGGAGGUUCUAGCAAGCUAUAUGUUAUUGACAGGAUGUUUGCUAAGCGUUGAACGUUUUUUGAUUUGAAAUUACUUCUUUUUUUUAUUCUAGAUAAAAUUUUUUGUAUUUCACACUCAAAACAGAUGUCUUUCUGCCAAAUGUAUAUCGAAACCAAGAAAAAACAGUAGUUAUUUGUCUGUUACAGAGAUGAGUAGUCAUUUAACCUCAUCAAAUGUAUUAUCGAAAAAAAGUCGUCCAUCAAAACGAUGUGAAAACAAAUUAUUAUCCGACGAUGAAAAACAAAAACCUUUGUCUGAUGAGUUGGAACAUUAUCAAGUGGAUCUGUAUAUGUAUCUGAUCGAACGUAAACGAUUGCAUGAACCGUACUUAGAAACCAUCGAAUUAGAUGCCUCGAAUCUCCAUUUAACAGCUAUUGAACGUUUUCCAUUUCAACUAUUACCAAAAUUAGUACAUCUCGAUCUAUCAAACAAUCAGUUGAUUAAUAUCGUUGAUAUAUCAGUCACAGCCAAAGACAGUUUAUUGGAACGAUUGAUUUUACGAAACAAUCAACUGAAGUCGUUAUUAUUUGUCAAGGAAUUCAAACAUUUAAAACAUCUUGAUAUUUCAAAUAAUUGUCUGUUGGACCAUGAACGAUUUUUAACGCUAUGUCUGUGUUCAACUCUAACUGAAAUCUAUGAUUCAAAGCGAAAUCAAUACAUAAAUGAUAAUGAGAAAUAUCAAAAAUGGAUGAAAAUAAUGUACACGGAUGAAAAAAUUCAAGAUUUAUGGUUGAAAAACUAUGCUGAUAAAUAUCAACAAGAAGAAAUAAUAUUAACAUCAAAAGGUAUCACUCAAAAAUUAUUGGAUGAUUUUCAACAUGACAUAUGGAUAAAAUUAGAGAAACAAUUUCCAAAUAUAAAACUUUCACCAAUAGCUAAUUAUUUAAUUCAUCUACGAGUACAAGAAUGCGUACAUGGUUCAACGUCAAAUGCAAUAGAUGACAGUGUAGAGAUUAUUGCCGAAGUAACACCACAGAGACGAACAUCGACUCGUUUUAAAACGCAUUUAACAGACGUUUUCAAUCAAGUCCAAUUAAAAGAUGAUUUAAUUACAUUGGAGCCACCAGUUGAAAUCGAUCGUUUUGAAGAUAUAACGUUUGUUCGUUGUCAUUCAUCGUCAGAAGGUGAUUAUUCAACUAGUGUUCGAAUGUGUGCAUUUGAACCAACCGUAAAUUCAUCAUCGUGUAUAUUGGCUACUUGUGGUGGUAAUAAAAUUUGUUUCAUCGAUUUGGAGAGAUGUAAUGUCACACAUAUAUUUGAAGACGUAACAUUAAAUCAUUCAAAAAACCGACAAGUACCCGGUUCACGAAAGAAAAAGAGUGUGCCACUAAAUUUGACAAAUAAUCAUUUCACAUGUUUAUGUUGGAAAGUAUUGCAUGGAAGAAAUUUGAAAAUAUUACUAUGUGGUGCUACAAACGGAAAUAUUUAUCUUCUAUGUCCUGAAUGGAAUUUAUUAUUCGGAAAAAUUGAAAUACUAGGUUCAUGUGUUGAAUGUCUGUUAUGUCAUCCUACUGAUGAAUCAAAAGUAUUUGUUGGUCUAUCUUUUUCGUCAAUUCAACAUCAUUCCUUAUGUUUGUUGAAUAUUCAACCGUAUCUAAACCGUCUACAAGAUUAUAUCUCUCGUAUGAAUAAAGAGAAUGCUUCUGAUUAUGAUGUUGACGAAAUUCGAACAUCUUAUGUGGAAUCGAUUUGGCGUGAAAAACUCUUAUCUGAAUAUGAAAUUGAUGCAAAACCAACUGAUCUAUUGUUUUUACUGUCGAAUAAUCAAUUAUUACUGGCCACACAAAAUGGACUUCGUUCAAUUUUUCAUAAUAACAAUAUUGUGAUGAAAUAUCAACUACCAGAGGCAUAUUCAACAUGUGGUCAGCAUAUAGAAUCACUACGUUUAAUUAAAGAUGACUCAAAACAAUGUUUGAUUGUUAUCAAUAUACUUGAUAAAAUAUACGUGAUUGAUUUACUGAAAACGACACAUGAUCAGACGUUGCACGUUGUUUUAACUCUAAACAGUCCAUCACGUCAAAUAUCAUCGAAGAUGGGUGUACUUGUUUCAUCACAAUCAACAACAGAUGGUACUGAUGAUCAUUGUCAAUUAGAAAUUAUUGUUGGUCAAGAUGAUGGUAUAUUUUAUCAUCAUUUCGUUAAAUUGCACAACAACACUAAUGCAGCAACUACAACCCCAAGAAGAAAAAACAAACAAAAGCAGCAACAACCAAGUGAUAUAAAAUGUAUUGAAAAUCGCUGGCCACAGACAACUACUGCUAAUAACCAACAGUUGCCACUAGCACAAAUAUUAUGUACAAGUGUUAAUCAACGAUUUUUAUGUUUAACAACAUCAAAUAGUCAUCUGUGUAUUUAUAAAAGAAAAUGUAUUUGA